GUGCGAGAAUUCGAGCGAGAACCAUAUCCGUUUGUCUGAGGAACCGUUACGUCUGGGCAACUGUCAAGGUAGCAGCGGUGACAACAAUGUAACAGUUGUGAUCAGCUGUUUUGUGCUAGUGAUGCAGUGAUUGUGUUGUGCGGUAGGGAUGCCGAUUCCCGCUGCGCCAUUUUGUUGACCUGAACCGUUGUUUUGAACCAUCGAUAUGGCUAGUGCACCCGGUUUUGACGUGUGUGUCUGGAUGCUGCUGCUCGUAGCGGUGCCUGGCAUUCAAUCAGGUGACAACAACACAAGUGACAAUGAGGUGCUGUGUCCUCCAGACUCCACCCUGGACGGCCAGUGUAUCUGUGACUCCAGCAGAUGCCCUCACCCCACAGUCUGUGACGCCCCUCAGGUGCUGGAGAGGACCGUGGCCUCAGGUCUGCCCGGAGACUGCUGCGACAAGUACGAGUGCGUCAGUCCUCGAGCCACUAACUCCACGGACACCGAUGACAUGGUCUGCCCAGAGGACAGCUACCGUCUCCGCAGUGUCGGCUGUCAGUGUCUGCCCGCUCCCUGUCUGGUCAAGGUCUGCCCCUCAGGCACCUGGGCAAAGAUCGUGCGACCCGGCACGGGCAAACCUGGAGCUUGCUGCCCACUGUACGAGUGCGUGACCGCAGAUUCCAACUCGACUUGUAUCGACAACGGCACCCUGAUGCAGAACGGUUCUUCCUGGUUCCGACCGGACUGUACCCAGUGCCGCUGUGAAGGAGGUCUCACCUUCUGUGUGCCAGUGGGGCGGAUGCCUCAGAACUCCUCUAUCUGUAGGCCUCUGCCCCCAGACUGUACCCUCAGCACCGUGCCAGCUGGAGAAUGCUGUCCUGUGUGUGUCAGUAACCCCGAUGACCUGGACACCCCUCCACCCCCUGGCAGCUGUGUAGCCCGCCUCUAUGGCAAGAUCAUACCCAACGGAGGUUCCUGGCAGGAGGAUGACUGCACGUCCUGUGUCUGCAAGGAUGGACAGAGACAGUGUCAGGCGUAUAUGUGUGAAGCUUGUGCCAACCCUCAGUAUGAACCUGGCGAAUGCUGCCCAAGGUGUAAUGGUUCCGUCAUAGUAACUGUCCCCUCACAUUGUCCUUCUCUCGACAACUGCUCUCUGCGUUGUGUUCAUGGGUUUGUCAGGGACAUCAACGGUUGCUUUACCUGCCACUGUCAGCAAGACGAGUGCCUGCUGGAGUGUGAGCACGGUUACGCGCAGGACAGUCACGGCAACAAGCUGUGCAAGUGUGCAGAACCCAAGUGUCCUCCGUUGACUUGUCGCAAGGUCUGUCCGCACGGCUACCGCAUCAACAAGGCAGGUUGUGAGAUCUGCAGGUGUGAAACAUGCAAACCUCUGGACCAGUGCACCAAGCGAUGCGCUCACGGCCUGAUGGUCAACUCCAACAACUGCAUUAUGUGCAAGUGCAUACCUCAUGGCGGACUUAUUGGAGGCAUAUCCAACACAACUGACACAACUGUAGGAACACCCUGUAUAUCAGACAGUAAAGUGUGGCGGGACGACGGUGAGACCUGGUUUGACGGUUGCCGCCAAUGUUACUGUCUCUCUGGAAGAGAAAUGUGUUCUCUGCUGAGCUGUCCUCCCAUCUCAUGUACCAACCCUGUCUACAACUCAUCCAAGGAUUGCUGUCCAACUUGUCAAGGUACAGACUUGGUGCCGGUCACUCACAUGGUGUGUCAGGGAGAGACUCCAGGCAAGCUCUACAAGGAGGGGGAGACCUGGAGACUGUCUCCCUGUGUGGAGUGUGUGUGUCAGAGUGGCAGAGCUCUGUGUCAUGCAGCCUCCUGUCCCCCCACUCCCUGUAGGCGACCACUCCACCCUCCUCCGGGCGAGUGCUGUCCUGUCUGUGCUGCUGAACAGCUUGCUAACUUUUCACUGGCCACAUCAUGUGAUAGGCGGCAAGGAGAGUCCAUGUGGAGGGAAGGCAACUGUGUGAGCUGCCUGUGCGAUAGCGGACGACCAUCCUGCUUCACCGAACUGUGUGAACAUCAAGGGCCGUGCAACAACGCCCUACAAGUGAAGAAUCAGUGCUGUCCUAUUUGUCUUGAUGUUCCAGAAGAACUAGACAGCAAGAUGUGUACUGUGAACAACACCGCAUACCUUGUAGGGCAGGACUGGCGAGAAGACGAAUGUACUACAUGUGAGUGUAUUGCUGGGGGAGAGAUCUCUUGUACCAAGCUGGUGUGCUCUGUCAACUGUCCCAACCCUGUCAAGAAACCUGGAGUGUGCUGCCAUGUGUGUCCAGAAAACAAACUGUUCUGGACCAGCAGAGAAGUGGUUUACAUCGUGGUUCUAGCUUUGGUUGCCUGCUUCUUCGUCUGCCUAGCUGUCUACAUUGCCAGGCAGUGCAGGCUGAAGAGGCAUCAACUAAAGUUGCCCAACAGUUAUGGAUGCCCUCCACCCCAAUAUACCCAGUAUAAGUAUAUGCCUACAUAUGACACACCCCAGCCACCCCUUACAUCUGAGAAGACUGCACUUACACCUCUGUAGAUCCGAAUCAUCUAAUAGCUUUAUGUAAAUCAAAUUGAAUCAUCAAAUAGUUCUAUUCAAAUAUAAUUGAGUUAUCAAAUAAUUCUAGGUAAAUCAGAUUGAUUCAAAACUAGUUCUACAUGAGCUGUGAAGUUGGCUUUAAAUUAUUACCAGUGAAUAAUUUUAGUAAUUUUUCUCUUUGAAUAUAUACGGUGUGGUGCAAAAGGAAACCCAAACGCCAAGAACUAUUUAAUGCAUAUUUCAACAAUAAUCCAUCAGCUGAUUGUCAAAAAUGGUUCAAAAUGUUGUAUCUUUUAUAUUUUAACAGUUUUCCCGAAUGAUAGGACUAUGAUAGCCAUGCCACAGCACAGUAUUAAAAAUUAAUAUUAAACUAUUUAAUACUUUGUUUUUGGUUUUCCUUUAUUUUUCAUCAACCAGUAUAUUUUUAAAGUAUUUAAAAAGGUUUUACACAUUGAAAAUAUACAGGCUAACUAUACUAGGCCAUCAUAAAUACCAAACAUAAAGAUUAAAAUCACCCUUAUAACUAUAAACACACAUUUAGUGGUUUUACUUUUCCUCUAAUUUUACUUAACAAUCGAACAAAUGGUAGUACAAUAUUAUUUAUACGUUUUAUUUAUAAAAUCAUUUGCUGUCAUUUUCAACUGUGAAAAAACGAAUGAUAUAAUUUAACAUUCUAUAUUUAUGUGACAAUUGUUCAAUUUUGUCUAUAAAAGUUUUAUUAUGAAAAUAACGAAGAAGAAGUAAAUACAAAUCAUUCAUUAUUUUUUUUAACUGUCACUGAUCCUAAAAAAACCAAACCAGUAUAUUUUUUUAAAUAAAUUUGAAUUUGAGGAUUUUAAGUUGAAAUAUUGUACAUAAACUCAUGUGUGCUCUAAUAAUGUAAAACUGUACUAGCAAUGCAAAUCAUGUCAUUAUUGGCAUAAGUAAUUAAUGUUAUAUUUAUGUAUAUAGUGUAAUAAACUAAUACUAUGUACAUUUUGUUUAGGCAAUGUUGUAAUAAUUGUUUGAUCUCCUUUGAGCUCUAAAUUAUAUUAAAAGUAAGAGUAAUUCCCAAAUUGGUUUUUAAGGUUCCUUUUGUUGUUCUUUAUAGCAUUCCUUAUAAUAUUAAACAUAGUGAGUUAUUUUUUAGCUGGAUAGUGUUAUUUUGAGCUUUUAUAACAGCUGUUAUGUAGCCGUAAAGGUGAUGGUGAUAUUAGAAUCUUUAUUUAUUCACUUUACUUUUAUGGCUCUGUACAUUAUAAUUUGUAAAUUUUUUUAUGUUGUAACAAUAUAAUAGACUAUGACUUACUAGCAAAAGGCUAAAGUACUUUGUAAAUAAUAAUACUUGUGAUUUACGAGUAACAUAUUUAUAAGACUUGUAGAUAAUAGUAAAUACAUGUUUGUACAAUA